AGUCGGACCAGUCCCAAGGGUUGCGAAAAUUAGUACAGCUCGGCUUGCUUAACUUGGCCUGAAUGACAAUCAGGUCCUCAUCUAUUGUAAGCUACAGCACCUGCCUACCUGAAGACUGGAACACUCAUGGAGGACACUGUGACAAGGAUGAAUGACGGCAAAUACAAGGGGGUGCUUCCAGAGGAAACAUCUCUGCCACGAUCACUGGUUGAGAAGCUGCAGGAUGGAGGAUAUUUCAUCCCUCGUCACACUGACACCUCUGUCACUGAUGCACAGAAGGUGGUGACAGAGCUGUGGAAAAGGGGAGAGGAGGAAGAGGAGGAGGAGGAGGAGGAAGAGGAGGAGGAUGAAGAAAAGGAGGAGGGAGGAUGGGACAGCGAUGGUUGGCUGGACUUGGACACUCUCCUGCAAGAGCACUGGCGUAAACAAGACAAGGCCAACAUGGAGGUGUACGGUGAAGGCUCCACGAAGUCUGCAUCUUCAUCAACAAGUGGGCAUCUUAAGAAAGAUGGAACACCUGACAUGCAAUACAUGGAGAACAAGACAUCCAAGGAAUCUUCUGAUUCAGCCACCACAACAGUCCAUCUCAAGAAAGAUGGUACACCUGACAUGCGCUUCAAAGAGAACAAGGAAUCUUCUGGUUCAGCUACCACAACAGUCCAUCUCAAGAAAGAUGGUACACCUGACAUGCCUACCACAACAGUCCAUCUCAAGAAAGAUGGUACACCUGACAUGUGCUACAAGGAAAAAAAGGUGUCUUCUGAUUCAGCUACCACAACAUUCCAUCUCAAGAAAGAUGGUACACCUGACAUGCGCUACAAGGAAAAAAAGGUGUCUUCUGAUUCAGCUACCACAACAGUCCAUCUCAAGAAAGAUGGUACACCUGACAUGCGCUACAAGGAAAACAAGGUGUCUUCUGAUUCAGCUACCACAACAGUCCAUCUCAAGAAAGAUGGUACACCUGACAUGCGCUACAAGGAAAACAAGGUGUCUUCUGAUUCAGCUACAACAGUCCAUCUCAAGAAAGAUGGCACACCAGACAUGCGCUACAAGGAGAACAAGGAAUCUUCUGGUAUCCCUACCACAGCAGACCAUCUCAAGAAAGAUGAAACACCUGACACAUGCUUCAAGAACAAGGCAACUUUGUCCACUUACUUGUCUGAAGAUGAUCAUGAUGUUGGGUACACGGCUGGUCCUGUAAAACACAACGGCACACCCGACAAGUGGUACAAAGCAAACAAGGAGGAUUACAGUUCAUCUGGUUACUUGUCUGAUAUGGAUGAGAGUGACACAUACUGCCCCAGCUACUCAUCUGGCCCUCUGAAGAAGGAUGGCACACCCGACAUGCGGUACAAAGCAAACAAGGAGGCUUAUGGUUCCUCUGGUUACUUGUCUGAUAUGGAUGAGAGUGACACAUACCGCCCCAGCUACUCGUCUGGCCCUCUGAAGAAGGAUGGUACAUCCGACAUGCGGUACAGCACAAACCGCAUCCCUGGUCUGAAUAAGGAUGGCACACCCGACAUGCAGUACAAAGCAAACAAGGAGGCUUAUGGUUCAUCUGGUUACUUGUCUUAUAUGGAUGAGAGUGACACAUACUGCCCCAGCUACUCGUCUGGCCCUCUGAAGAAGGAUGGCACACCCGACAUGCGGUACAGCGCAAACCGCAUUCCUGGUCUGAAUAAGGAUGGCACACCAGACAUGCGGUACAGCACAAACUGCAUUCCUGGUCUGAAUAAGGACGGCACACCGGACAUGCGGUACGACGAAAACAAGGUGUCUUCUGAUUCAGCUACAACAGUCCAUCUCAAGAAAGAUGGUACACCUGACAUGCGCUACAAGGAAAACAAGGUGUCUUCUGAUUCAGCUACCACAACAGUCCAUCUCAAGAAAGAUGGAGAUGAUGUUGGGUACCACAGUGGAAGCUACACGGCUGGUCCUGUAAAACACGAUGGCACACCUGACAUGCGGUACAAAGCAAAUGAGGAGGCUUACAGUUCAUCUGGUUACUUGUCUAGUGGAAGUGUCUCAUACAGCCCCAGCUACACGUCAGGCGCUCCAGAGAAGGAUGGGACACCCGACAUACAGUACGAAACAAACAAGGAGGCUGACGCUUUUUCUGGUUACUUGUCUGAUGAGAGUGGCUUAUACCGCCCCAGUAGCUACUCCUCAGGCCCUCUGAAGAAGGAUGGCACACCCGACAUGCGGUACUCAGCAAACCGCAUCCCUGGUCUGAAUAAGGAUGGCACACCCGACAUGCGGUACUCAGCAAACCGCAUCCCUGGUCUGAAUAAGGAUGGUACACCCGACAUGCGGUACAGCGCAAACCGCAUUCCUGGUCUGAAUAAGGACGGCACACCCGACAUGCGGUACAGCGCAAACCGCAUCCCUGGUCUGAAUAAGGAUGGCACACCUGACAUGCGGUACAGCGCAAACAAGAUAGCUUACGGUUCAUCUGGUUGUGGUUCGUCUGGCUACUCAUCUGGUGGAGGUGGCUCCUACAGCUACAGCAGCUACUCGCCUAGCAGUUGCUACUCAUCAAUCAGUAGCUACUCCUCAGGCCCUCUGAAGAAGGAUGGCACACCAGACAUGCGGUACAAAGCAAACCGCAUCCCUGGUCUGAAUAAGGAUGGCACACCUGAUAGGCGAUACAAAGCAAACCGCUGGUAAAAGCUCAGACUAUACUACAUCUUUAUAA